CAAGCAGGCGAGUCAGACAGUCGAUCCGUUCGGUUUGCCUGUGGUGCUAGCCAGCCAGCCAGCCAGCAACAACCAACCGCCUGAAUGUAGAUCCGCAUGGGCUACUACUACACUAUCUCUCCGAACAACCCAGCGGAAUCAUAAGAUAAGGAUCCCAGGAUGGUGUUAGUGCAUGUCGGAUAUCUGGUUCUUCCUGUAUUCGGCUCAGUAAGAAACAGAGGAUCCCAUUUCAACCGGCAACAGCAACAGCAGCAGCACAGCCAUGCUACCUCUUGCCGGCACUUCCAGUUAGGUCCUCAGGCCCCGCUGCCCAUGGACUUCCCCAUGCCCCACCCAGGGCAGCCACAGUCAGGCAUUAACCCCCACUUGGCCCCUCCCGGCCACCAGCAUGGCCCUCCACUCCACCCACCCCUCAAUCCCCUGCCCGCUCCCCAGUUCCAGGACAUCCCUGCCCCUCCCUUCCUACCUCAGGCAUUACACCAGCAAUACCUCCUCCAGCAGCAGAUCCUCGAGGCCCAGCACCGACACAUCCUGCCACCGUCCAGUAGACGCACCCCAGAGAGAGUUCCUCACCAGCCCCACAGAUUGCGGCCCGGCUACGAGUUUGCUCCCCCUCUCCAUGUCCCCCCUCAGCCUGUAGUGCAGCAGCCUCGCUACCUGGCUGAGGGCACAGACUGGGAUCUAAGUGUCGAUGCUGGACUGCCCCCCCACCAGUAUCACAUCCAUCCGCUGCCGCAGCACUAUCAGCACUACUUGACCUCUCCGAGGAUGCACCACUUCCCUAGAAACAAUGCCUCAACGCAAGUGGUUGUCCAUGAGAUCAGAAACUACCCAUAUCCCCAGCUGCACUUGCUGGCUCUGCAGAGCCUCAACCCCUCCCGCCACGCGUCUGCUGUUAGAGAGAGCUACGAGGAGCUUCUGCAGCUGGAGGACAGACUGGGGAGUGUCAAUCGUGGAGCGGUCCAAACCACCAUAGAGAGAUUCACUUUCCCCCAUAAAUACAAAAAGAGAAUACCCCAGGACCUAAAGAUGUGUCUGGAUGACGAGGAGCUGGACACCGAUGAGAAAUGCACCAUCUGUCUGUCAAUGCUGGAGGAUGGAGAGGAUGUCAGGAGAUUACCCUGCAUGCACCUCUUCCACCAGGCGUGUGUGGACCAGUGGCUGGCCACCAGCAGGAAAUGCCCCAUCUGCAGAGUGGACAUUGAGACCCAGCUGACCCCCGACAGUUGAUAGCUCCUGUCGACUCCUGCAGCUUUGGAUCUGGUCUUGUUAAUUCUCCAUUGCCUCCCCUCUGGGGGUGGGGGGAGCUCUGCCAAACAUCCCUCUCCCCCUCUGCAUCACUCAACGAGCCUGCCGUCUGAGACAGCUGUGACAGAGGGAUCAACAAAGCACACUCACCUACAACACAAUGAGGGACGGGGGUUGAUGCACAGAUAGGUGGCUGGACUGAAGGUUGGUUAAAUGGACUUUACUGGAUGUAAACGUUAGGAGCGGACAUGUAUGGACAGAUGUGCUGAGGCUUCACAUGAUUCUGUCAGAUUGUGUACCCUGUGUACAUUUCUCCAUACAGCCACCAACAGAGAGAGGACACACUGACUACCAACCUCCCCAGCUCAGUGUGGUGUAUUAAGGCCAUUUCUCUGCCACAACAUCUAAACCCUUUCCCCCAGGCCUGUGAAAAAUCCUUUAAGCUGCACUCUGCCCAAGCCCUCAGCACAUCUGUACAGAACAUUAUCAAAUGAUUAGCAUGAGGUUGUUUGGUGUGAACUCUUGUAGCUGAACGCUUGUGGUGUAAUGGAGUAUAGUACUGAAUAAGUAUUUACAGAGUAACAGUGUUGUGUAGCAAGCAAAAGCCUUUUGAGAAAUAUGUUUGUGAAAAAUAAACUUACAGAGAGGGUGAAUACAGCUCUAACAGUGAGAAUAUUCAGUGUGUUAAAUCAUAGGCAACAAGAGAAAGAGCUAGUUUUGUAAAAAGGCCAAAAAUCCCUCUUUCUUGUCUAACAUGGUUUUGGAUUUACAGUUAGUAGAUGCCAUCAGAGUUGAUGCUAAACCCGCUAACUGCAGGCAUGGCUUCCAGUGAUCUGUGUAGUGUCGUAGUCGGGCCUCUAUAAUCUAGAGCAGAGGCCUCAGAUGUGCAUGCUGUAUGGCAGGCUUGGGCUGUGUCGUUAAUAUUGUGGAGCAGUAGAAACAGGGACUGUGUCUGUGCAUGUGAACCGUAUACUAUGACUCUGACGAUCCCACUCAUUCAUAGAGGAGGACAAGAAUGCACCUGAUACCCCACCUCCCUACAUACACCCAUACCCACUCCUCCCGAAUAGACCAAAGUUGCCCUUAGACACUGAUCACAGACAAAUGUAGCAUUUCUCUCCUAAUAUUUGUGAUUAGGAUUAAAAAAGCUGCUAGUGGAUCCGUGUCUAACAGCAACUCCUCUGUGUUGCCUCGCUCAUGGCAUGAUCGUGAUCAUGAGAGGCCGGCAUGGGCUUUAGGAUGCAGUGCCUGAGUCUUGCCAUCAGAGUGAAUAAAAUCUGACAUUUUUAUUACCUUUUACCAGAACCUUAUUGCCUAUCGAACAAGCACAUGUGAUUUCUAUAUACAGUGAAUCGCCUCUGUUGUGUAUCGGCUCCUUUCAUUUCAAUAUAAGUUGCUCCCACUGUUUGAUUAAAAAAAAAAAAAAAAGACUGUCUGGUGUUACAGGGAAAAUACAAACUAGUUUGCCUGUGAUAUGUGCUAGAAUGUGUAUGAUUGUCCCCACAACCCCUCUCCCCCAUGGUAGUAGUGUAUGGUAUUGCUAGAACAACUGUGAUAUGUUCAGUGAUAGAAGCCGUUUUCUCUAUAUCAUGCAUGAACCAUGUUGGCGUAGUUCACUUGAAGGAGGGUGAAAGGGAGAAAAAGCCAUCCAUUUGAAAAAUACCAAACAAUUAUUCUUAACAUUAGUUUUAUUUCAAUUGUCUUUUUUCUGCCAUUUCUUUUUUUCUUAUUACUUGUAUUUUAUUUUAUUUUAUUUUAAUUCUUUUGCUCACAUGCCAAUUUGGACAUGGUACUAAUAUGCCGAGUCCUUGUCCAUUUUAACCAUAGUGAAGAAAAAGCUGCAAUGCUGCAAAAACAUAUUUAUUGUUGUUAUAAUGUAGCUUGUGUUUUGUAAAUGCACUAUAAUAUGGAGUUGCCUGAUUUUUGGUUUGGUGAUGUGGGUUCUUCUUGUCCUAGAUUUUGUGUUUCUUAUCAGUUUCAAGUAUUUUCAUGCUUCCUUGUGUAUUAUUGGAGGGUAACUUGACUGUUUGUGUUGCGUUUUUUUUUCUUUUUGUAUGAAACCUCCAUCCAAAAAACUACAGAUGGAUGAAAAUGGAGGUUCGCUAGUUCACAUAGAAUGCUGUGAUUAAAGAUGCCUUAAGUAUUUAACAAUCAUUAUUUAUUACUAACUGUAGCUAGCUAGCUAUUGUGGUGGAAUAUUUAAUGUCUCUAUCUCAUAACUUUGCAAUUUAAUCAAUAUAUUUAUUUAAAAUAACACAAAAUAUUAAAAAAAGAAUACCUCAUUAUGCAUUGGUCGGUGGGGAUGCUUUUGCAUGCCGUCUGUGUUUUCUUUUUCAAAGGAGAAAAAAAGAAAUUUGUUGAAAAAUUGACUGGUGUUUCCCAAACACAUUUUCUAGCCAGCAUGGUGCUGUUGAUCUGGAUUACAUUCCAUUCAUGACAUCUCUUGAUUUUACUUUAAAAUGUUUUUUUUUUUCCUUAAAUAUUGUCCCUGCUUUGAUCUGAAGCAGAUGACGGGGUACAACCCCUUUCGUCUUAGUAUGGCUCCACGAUUAGCUUGCUUUCAUUAUAUGAUACUGCUUUGUUUCCCAUAAUCAGUCAUAUUUGAUUAAAUUUUUGAUAUUUUUUUGUUUCAUUUUGACCAUGUUCAUGAUAUUCCAUCAUAUCUGGAUCUCAGUUUAAUGCUUAUUAUUUUAGGACCCACAUAACGAGCUGUAUUAUUUGUUCUUAUGUAUUGCUGGCAGUUGCUUUGUGUGGGAUUUCGGGAAGUAUGUAACAUGCUAACUUGAGCCAUUGAUCUUAUUGAGCAAACUUCUGGUGUACUGUGGUUAUACAAUAUAGAUAGCGUGUUUUACACCUGGGUAUAAUAAGCUAACUACGUUUUCGGUGUGCAUUUCUUAUUAAUACUCUACUAAUCCUGCAAAUUAUUAUAACAUGUAUUGGAUUGGAAUGAAGCUGGCUGGUCUUACUAUUAUUCUUAUUUCAUUUCGUGCUCUCACUGGCCUUACCCCAUGCCCUCCACAGUGUACCCCAUUACUCCAGAGCGAACUGGACAGUAGCCAUAGUAUUAACUCAAGCUGAUGAACCGGAAUGAACAGUAGAACUUAAAGCACAAGCUUUUUAAUGCAUGUCCUUCUCAGGUUUUCCUAUGUGUAUGUGGGAGUAGCUCUGUAGAUGUGUUUAAUAUGAUGCUGUACCUUCUUGAAUAUUUCAGAUGUUUCUUUGCUGCUGAAAAAAUGUCGAUUAUUAACCUGCCAGUGAAAAAGGGAAGUGGCCAUCUUUGUACAACACACUGCUGUUUUGCUGUAACCGCGCAAUGUUUUAUGAUCUUGAGUAUUUUAUAGAAAAGUAGAAGUAUGUAUCAAUAAUAUGAAAGCAAUAGCUAAAUCAUAAUGAAGAAUAACAUGAUCAGUGAAUAUUGUGGAAAAUCUUUAGAUUCACUCUGGGUGGAUUUUGUACUGUAUUUAUUACUAAUGAUGAUGCAAAAAGUUGCAUAGCUUAACCCAAACUGUUCUGUCUCUUUUUUAUUUAUUGUCUUGUAUAUGAUCUUUUUGUAUGUGUUUUUCAAAUAAACUGCCUAAAAUGCUGAGAA